AUUGUCGGGACAUGCCUGCUAGUAAUGCUCUUCUGCCCUAUAACAUCACUGAUGAGGGACACCUCUGCAUGCGUCUCAAACACCGGAAUGCGUAAUUAUGUGUCGAGGGACGUCAUUUUAGAGGACAAGACAUUGUUGAGAUUCCGAUGAGAAGAGGAGAUAUAUUUAAGAGAGGCUUCUUUCCACUAAUUCUAGAGUUGUUCAUCUGCAAUCUACAAGAUCUCAACGCGCCUCAAAACAAAUCUUAAGACACAAGCACCACACUACCAAAACUAUAUCCAACACCACCACCCACCGACCAUCAUCAUGAACAACAACAAGAACAACAACCCCGCCGGCAACGUUGGCGAGACCGUUGGAGGAGGUCUCAACUUCCUCACUAGCACCGUUGGCAACACCGUCGGUGGUCUCGGCCGCACAGUCGGCAACGUUACUGGAGCCGCAACUCGUGGUCUAGGCGACACUGUCACCGCCGCGACUGGCGACGCUGGCCGCCCUCUCGGCGAUGGAAUCGGCAACCUUGGCACUGGAGUCCAGGGCGGGCUCGACAGCAUCUCCAAGGGUGUCGAGAACGCUGGACAGUGGAAGAAACAGUAAACAAUCACAAUGAUAUCACGAUAACUUUGGGAGUUGAGGAGGAAUGUAAUUAUUUGGGACUAUCACGACGGAAUGUAGGAUUACGAUUUUAGUUAAUAUGAACACAAACUUCCAUUGAGCUUAACAUCCA